AAAACAAUUGCCUGUGGUUGUUGCAGAUGUUUAUUGUACAAAUAGUCCGUCGUCACUUUAUUAAUACACUUUCUGUCAGAAAAAUACCGAAUGCUGUUCCUGCGAAGGUCAUUCAUAAAUAUUUGCCUGAAACCAUCAAAUUUAAGUGGGUUUUGUGAACGUAAUUUUUGCAGUCAAAUCAUAGAAAAAAUGUCCAAAACUGCUUUAAUUAUUUUGGCACCAGGUGCUGAAGAAAUGGAAUUUGUUAUAUCCGCUGAUGUUUUACGUAGGGCCGGGGUAAAGGUAACAGUUGCUGGUUUAAGUGGUACCGAACCGGUUAAGUGCUCCAGAGAUGUUGUGAUCUUACCAGACACUUCUUUGGAAGCUUCAAAAUCUAACAAAUACGACGUUGUUAUAUUACCCGGUGGCUUGGGUGGAUCGAAAGCCAUGGCAGAAUCGGCAGUUGUAGGAGAAAUAUUAAAACAACAAGAAAGUGAGGGUCGUAUUGUGGCUGCUAUAUGUGCUGCACCAACGGCAUUAGCAGCUCAUAGUAUUUGCCAAGGAAAAUCACUGACAUCCUACCCAUCUGUAAAAUCUCAAUUGGAAACUAUUUACAAAUAUAUUGAUGAUCAGACAGUUGUUCAAGACGGCAAUUUGAUUACUAGCCGUGGACCAGGAACAGCAUUUGAAUUUGGUUUAAAAAUCGCUGAAGUACUAGCUGGUUCCGAUAAAGCGGCGGAGGUUGCCAAAGGAAUGCUGUUGAAAUAGAUAUUUUAUUACAAUGUUCAAACAGCUCUUACAAUAAAUAUGAAUAUAUGUACAUACCUAUAACAAAUUGUAUAUUCAUGUACUGGUCAAAUUACAGGAUAUAGUCUGAAAUACAAAGAGUUAAUGAAAA